CGCCGUCACUGCUGGUAUCGGGUCCGACCACGUCGACCUCGAUGCGGCCAACAAGACCAACGGUGGUAUCACCGUCGCCGAGGUCACUGGUUCCAACGUCGUCUCCGUCGCUGAGCACGUGGUCAUGACCAUCCUUACCCUCGUCCGCAACUUCGUCCCCGCCCACGAGCAGAUUGCCCGUGGUGACUGGAACGUUGCCGAGGUCGCCAAGAACGAGUACGACCUGGAGAACAAGGUUGUCGGUACAGUCGCCGUCGGCCGUAUCGGUGAGCGUGUGCUCCGCCGUCUCAAGCCCUUUGACUGCAAGGAGCUCCUCUACUUUGACUACCAGCCUCUGCGCCCCGAGAUCGAGAAGGAGAUUGGCUGCCGCCGCGUCGACACGCUCGAGGAGAUGCUCGCGCAGUGCGACGUCGUCACCAUCAACUGCCCCCUGCACGAGAAGACCCGUGGGCUCUUCAACAAGGACCUCAUCGCCAAGAUGAAGAAGGGCUCCUGGCUCAUCAACACCGCACGCGGCGCCAUCGUCGUCAAGGAAGACGUCGCCGACGCCCUCAAGAGCGGUCACCUCCGCGGCUACGGCGGAGACGUGUGGUUCCCGCAGCCCGCGCCCAAGGACCACCCCCUGCGGUACGCACAGAACCCGUGGGGCGGCGGCAACGCAAUGGUGCCCCACAUGUCCGGCACCUCGAUCGACGCCCAGGAGCGCUACGCCGCGGGCACAAAGGCCAUUCUCGACUCGUACUGGUCUGGUCGUGAGGACUACAGGCCUGAGGAUCUUAUCGUGCACAAGGGUGAUUACGCUACUAAGGCGUAUGGUCAGCGAUCUAAUGCUGAGCGCACUACGGCGCCCAAGUAGAUGGUGCGUGGUGGUGUGGUGAAGUGAGUUUCUUCUUCUUUCUUGACGAGGUGAGGAGUGGGCCCUCUGAGCUUCGUAUCAAUCAAUACAGCCCAUGAACUUCAAACGACUCUUUUGCAUUGUGAUGGUGACUGUUGGGUUAUGUGUUUGUCUAGUUGGUGUUGUCUGCGUUUGUUGGGUGAGUGACGUGUUGUGUUUGUCUAGUUGGUGUGUUGUGUUUUUGUCUAGUAGGUGUGUUGUGUUUGUCUAGUAGGUGUGUUGUGUUUGUCUAGUNGGUGUGUUGUGUUUGUCUAGUAGGUGUGUUGUGUUUGUC